GAAAACAAACAAAAUUCUUGAGUGGCCGACACCAUUCAAGAAUAUACGUAAGGUGAGAUGUUUUCUUGGGACAUGUGGGUUCUGGAGAAUAUUCAUCAAGGGUUUGCCGCUAAGACUGAGCACGUGAGGAAGUUAGUGAGAAAGAACCAGGAAUGGAGAGAGAAGCAGGAGAAGGUGGUAAAAGAUUUGAAGAAGGAAUUUGAGGAAGGAGACCUGGUAUUGGGGGUUCCGGACUACGAGGCGAUCUUAGAACGCCCCUUCAUAAUAGAAACCGAUGCCAGACCCACUGCCUUGGGAGGAGUCUUGAUACAGGCGGAUCAAGAGGGUAAGGAAAGACCGUUGCGCUUCGAGAGUCGAACUCUCAAUUCAACUGAAAGGAAUUACUCUCAAUUCAAGAAGGAGGCCUUGGCAGUUUUACACUGUUUACGGAUCUUCAGACAUUAUCUCUUUGGGAGAAGAUUCAUUCUAAGAGUAGAUCCGACGACCCUCAUGUAUUCCCUUAGGAACUUCUCUCCAGCUGAUCCUACAGUUGCUAGAUGGCUCACCUACAUCUCGAUGUUUGAUUUUCAGUUGGAGCGCGUUCCGGGGAAUAAGAACAAAGCAGAUGGGUUGAGCAGGAUAGAAUGGGUACAACCUGGGGAAGCUAAGGAAGAGACGCCGCCGGUAGACGGAUUCUUGGAAGAGGAUGACAUGCAACUUCACGUCAACACGUGGGCCUUGAGAGUCGAGGAUGAUGGGGUGCGAGAGGGAAGACCUAUGUGGUUCACACCCGCGACCUUUGUGAAGGAUGAAAGGUUGGUACUAAAGCCUUUCGUCGAAGAGAACCCGGGGGGAGAAAGGAAUGAGGAAUGGAUGGCAGAGUUAGCUUUGGCUGAGAGUUACAGAAUGACAGAAGAGCCGGUCACGAUUGAGGCAGGAAUAGGACAGGUGAAUCGACAUUUACUAACGGUAGGGAGAGUACAUUACCUUGUGAACUCUCUCCUACAAGUCCGGACCGAAGGAGAGAGAGAGGCGGUGAAGGCGGAUGAGAUAAUAUUGGGAGAUGACUAUGAAUUUGAUGAGGAAAAGGAGGGAGAGGAGUUUGAGCAAGACGAAAUCUCAGAAGACUUUCGGGAAGAAGAGUACGAUGGAUUCCAUUUGGAAAUGAGACUUCUUCUCUCCGGCGACAAGCGAGAAAGGGAAGUUGGUGAGAAAACUCUCCGCAUGAGGGACCAUUAUGUGGUAAGGGGUGGUCAUCUCUUCAUCAGGGAUAAAAGAGGACCACCUAGGAGGGUUAUCUGUGGUAGGAAUCGACAGAUUGAUGUCAUAGCUGCCCUCCAUGAUGGACCAGUUGGAGGUCACAGGGGUUUUGCCGCUACCCUCAAGAAAGUGACGGAGCUCUACUUUUGGGAAAGAAUGUACGGGAUGGUUAGAAAGUACUGUGAGUCAUGCGUGUCAUGCCAGAUCAGAUCGCCAAUCAGAUAUAAAGAACCUCUACACCCGAGGUAUAUCAAGGAAGUGGGGGUUGUUGUCCACUUGGAUUUGUUAGCAAUGUCGCUGAAGCUUGGCGGAUAUAAUUACAUCUUUGAUGUCAGGGACAACCUCACAGGGUUUAUUGAUGGAAAGGGCAUCCGGACCAAGACUGGGGUGGUCUUGGCCGAAUGCAUCAAAGAAUAUUACCUCCGAUAUCCUUUCGUAGUGGAAUUCACGAUGGAUAGAGGGUCAGAAUUCACAUGCAGGGAGGUGAGAGAAUUGUUGGAUGAUCUCGGGGUAAUCGCCAAGUACACAACUAGGGCACAUCCUCAGGCUAACGCUCCAGUGGAAAAGGGGCACAGCACCAUCAUGAACUUACUGGCAAAAUGGACGGCUGGGAAACCGAACUUGUGGCUAAAAUUCAUGCGAACUGUGUUCUUCGUCGAAAACGUCACUGUCAAGCACUUCACGGAAGUACCGGUCAGACUGACUCUUGUAAAACUGAUAGAUGUACUUCACGGGAGUACCGGUCAAAUUGACUUUUGUUAAGUUUGAAGAAGUGUACUUCUCGGAAGUACCGGAUCAAAUGACUCUUGUUAAACUGAUA